AUGGUGAGGUGUUGUAGAGGCAUAUGGUUGGGUUUUAAGAAGCUCAUCGUACGAUGUCUGGUAAAUCGAUCUGGAAUGCAGAGGAAUCAUCUACUAUGUUGUCGGAAAUGCAACGGUGAGAAAUAUAUGUCUAAAAAGGAAAUUCUGCAAAAUAAUUUUACAAGUUAGGAAUGUAGUUUGCUGCCGUAUCAUGUUUACUUAGGUCCUCUGACAAAGAGGUUCUUUGCGAAAGGUUAGUUUAAUCAAUGCAAGCUUUUUUCUAUCCACGAGCAUAUUAUAUGGCCAAAAUGAGCGUCUUUCUAGCGUAAGGUACCUGUUAGGUUUAUUCAACAACCUGCUAGAUUUGUGUAAGCGUUACUACGCCUGGAUCGAAGAAAAGCAAAACUUUAUCAUGAAUUUCACCAAUUUUGUUUGCCUCUAUAGUUGCCGAUUAACAAGAACUCAGUUUUCAUUAUACCAGAGGACCAGUUACUUAGGGAAUUAUCUAACAAUUCUAUAAGCGUCUUUUUUUUUUUUUUACAAAUUGAGCCCAGUGGAUAAUCGGAACGUAAAGUCAAUCAAGGUUUUUAUCAUCUGCGCUAUACUAUUUGAAAUUCAGUGAUGAAGGUGGCCUCUUUUGAAAGCUUGCAGAGAAGCAAUUUAUUCAGUUUUGCUAAUUACUCACAUAUCAUUAUUAUCAUAUUCCAGUUACAGCGUUAAGUUUAUUAAAAUCCUCUCUCCGUGAAAUUCAUCAGUGGAAACUAUUGCCGACUGAUGAUUCUGAAGCGAAUCAAACUUCAUUGUCAAAAUAGACUGACCAUAAUGAAACUUGCUUUAUGCUUCUUCCAGGCUUAUUUCGGCUACAAGUGCCUUGAAAAAACUGUUGGAUAUAUUUUCUACCACUCUGAAAAGAAACCUGAAGCUUGGCACUAUACAAGGGCACCCAGCCAACGACUGUUUUCUGUAAAAUAUCUGUUCGGGGAAGCAUAUAUUGCCUAGAAUUUUCUGUAUCUUGAGGACGGCUUAAAAUUUCCAGAUGACCCUUCCAUUCAUGCACAAUUUUGGAAGCUUAUCUAAUAAAUUCCUAGGAUUUUCUGAAGUAUAAUUUUUCACAUUUCACUGCCCUGGUUAGGCUAUUUUUCGUACAAAAAAGGAAACCUAAAAUUUUGGGAUUCAAAACUAUUUAUGGAGAGAGGAAACAGAAAAAUUUCGUAAUACGUUAAAUUGCGUCUAAAAUUUUGGGAAAAAUAAUACUGAAGCCCUUGUAAUUUCGAAAAGACUCGUGUUCCCCAAGGAAGACCGGACAGAUCCAAAUUUUUGAGUGCCGCUGAGAAUGCAUUUCUAGAGAUCUUAAAGUACUCAGGAUAGCCUAAAAAGUGUUUUCAAUGUUUUUAAGAGGAAACCAUACGUUUCUGGGUGCCCCUGACUAUAUCCCCAGCACCGUAGGAAAACUGAGCCAUUUGCUGCGCUAACUAUUGUCAGUACACUGCUACAUCCGUUCGUCAUUUUUUCCAGAUAUUCAGACACCUUUAAGCUUAAGGUUGCUUGGCGCUACACUGAAAACCAACCUGUUCUCUGAUUCCAAAACAAUGCAAUUAUCUAAUAGUGGUUCGUCCUCAUUUUCUUAUCGGCGAGUUUUGUUACAGUUAAAGCUACAGCAUUUGUUGUUCAGUCUUUAUUUACACUGGAAAUACCCUUUUUAGUUUUGAAAAUUUUCAUCACGCUGACUUUCAAAACAACAUGCAUGAAUCCAGUAAAUUUCAUUUCCAUACUCAGCAUCUCAUAAGUAUGUGUUAUAAUAGAAGACGUCCAAACUGUUGUAUGUGAUUACAUCAGGUUUCUAUAUAUUUUAAAGGUUGUAUUUCUUGGAAAAGAACUGAUUAGAAGUUUGCCUGUUUGUUUGACUCGUAAUUGAUGUUUCUCAAAUAUGCCAGUAUACUUUCCCUCUCGUACUGGUCGAUACGCUUUUGAACAUGUUCAUUAUACUGUGAUGUUUUGUGAGAAUGUACUGAAUGGUCUUCGUGAAAAAAGUAGAGUGUGCUGCGAUGUCACUGAUAGUAUACGGCAAAAUUCGGAAAAUAAGCCCCGGGGCUUAUAUUUUUCGAAGGGCCUUUUUGAGUGGCAUAUUUUUGGAGGGGCUUAUAUUCGGAGGGGCUUAUCUUCGGAGGGGAAUUUGCGUUUCAAAAUCGAUUGGGCUAGCCUUAUAGUAGGAGGUAAUUUACCGUUUUUGCUUUGUUUUACUUUUGAUUUGAGGCACUUUUCCAAGUAUAAGCCCCCGGGGAGCUUAUAUUUGGAGGGGCGAUUUAACGGAGGGUUUUUUGCGUUACCGGUUUGGGGGGCUUAUACAUGAAGGAGCUUAUUUUCGGAAUUUUAUAGUAUUAUAUUAAUUUUAUUUGAUGUUUUCCAGCUUGUUGUGGUUCCUGUAACAGAUGCUGUUGUAUCUGCCUGUCGCGUGUUCCCUGUGCCUCACUGAUUGCCUCAUUUAUCUUGGCGAUCGGUUUUACUGGCUUUGCUCUUGGCCUCAGUGAAGGUGUCAAAAACCUUAACAAGUUUCUCAAGAUGGAUAUAGUGUAAGUGCAGACCAUCAACAUUCCUUAUCCAUCCACUGAAUCGGAGUAGGAAAACAUGCUUUAGAAUCAAACUAACGACCUCUAUGACGGUUUUUAACGUUACGAGUAAAGGUAAAAGUCUUAAAUUUAACGUCGAUUAUUCGAAACAGUACUCAUUAGAUCGACAAAUCUGAGCCAACUGUGCACACAUUUACCCUCCCCCCCCCCCCCCCCCCCUUCCGUCAGUGCUCCUUUUUACGGGUAUUUAAAGCUACUUAAAGUUAGACGGGAAAGGAAAGAAGUUGAAACAAAGAUUUGAGGUCUUACCUGGGAAUCGAACUCUAUCGGAACAGCAUACUCCAGAAAAACCUUUCCAGAAAAUAGCUGAAAAAGUAAAGCCCUUGCUUAAACAGGAAUUCAACUAAACCUCGUACAUCUGCACUUUUCCCUUUAGUUUGAUCAUUUGCUUGUUUUUACCGCACAUUUAUGCUUAGAAAACCAGGAUAAGUUUCAACCUGCGUCUUGGAGUUUUACCUAAGGAUGAAAUACUGAAACGAAGGCCGUAUCAUUGAUAUUUACAGUGACCUGGCCUCAUUAGGGAUCAUGUUGUUUGGCGUAUUUCUGGGGUCAGUCUCGGGACUUGCUCUCUUGCAUGGAUUUGCAGCUACAGGUCGCACUCGGUUCACAAUUUAUAGAGGAUGGAAAUGUCGUCUGCUCGGAAGGUGGUGCAUCUGCUUUGUAAGUCUAUAUCUCUAUGAGAAAAUAAAUGCUACGUAGAAUUUGGUUAAAAAGUAGCUAAUUUUGGAAAACAGGAUAUGAGGGAUAACUUAGUUCCUAGGCCCCAAAGUUUUUGCUGCGCGGUCAAAUGAAUUGACUUAGCAGGCCUAGAAGAAAGUUUUAAAGAGGCGAGGCGAGGUUGGUCCGAAAAGAAUCUACGGACAGCUCUGACGGAGUCUCUAUAUAAAUAGCUAACGAGGGCAGAAAAUUAUAGAAAAAAAGACAGGUGCGAAUUAAUAAAGUACUGAAAAAGUUCAAGACUGUCUUUUAAUUAAUUCCAAAUGGAAAUCUCCUUCACGCCAAAUAGUCUUUGGAUACACGUGACAGCAAUUUUAAAGCCGACUCAUCAUUUUUCCUUUAUUUUUUUCUGUAGCUGUUUGGAUGGCAUUAUUUUAUGCUUUUUCUGUGGUUGUUCCUCGCUCCGAUGCUGCUUAUUCCCCUUAUAUUCAUGGGAAUCUUUUUUGGAGUGUGUCAGGUGAAAGUCGUCAAGCAACUCGGAAAGACCUGCAUUAAAUUUGAAGAAUAUGGUAAGUACAAAUGACAGUAAUAGGUGGAGAGAUUAAACCUAGAGUGACCAGUGGAUUAGCUUGGAAGGGUGGGGGGGAGGGGGUGGGGGUUAGGUGAGGAGGGGUUACACGGGUCGGGCCAAGCUAUGUGCUGUGUUUUUCUAAAACUGACAUUUUUCGGAUGCGCAGUGAGCUUGAGGGAGGACAAAAGCCAGCAAAAACGCCGCAUAGAUAGAUGAUGGAUCAUACGUUAAGAAGAACCGAAUACGCUAUCUCCUCAUACAAGAACCACUAAAAAUAAUUUGAUGCGAGGAAUUGUUCAACAAAGUAAGCUUUGAAACGAAAGUUUUGGAGAAAAAUUUGGAUAUAGGACGGCCGAAAUUGCACGGUUGCAUACCAAAGAUGCGAUAAACCUAAGGUAACAACUGUUUCACGGAGAACGAUAUAGAGACAUUCUCGCGAGCCGGCGAUAAAACUGCCGACUUGAAACAUCAUGUCGAUGCUGGUCGUAAAUUGUUACACAAAGAUCUUCCAAAGGUCAUUUUUAGCAAGUUUUGAUUUGUUUGGUGCUAUUUGAUGUGUAGGUAUUGGAGAUCUUGUCAGUCCAGAAGAAGUUUGUGGCGAUGACUUGCUGUUAUUCUGCGAAGCGGUAAGGUUUACAUCUCUGAUUGGCCUGCAAACUGGACGGCUUAGAGUAAUCAGGAAGUAUUCUUCAACACUAGUACACUAGUGCUUUAGGUACAGGGGACCACAGCCCCUCAGGCGAGUCUCACCUGUAUAUCAGCUAAGCCUUCUUUGUAAUAGACACCUGUUCAUGGCCGCGACAUCAGACGCUCCGGUUGGUGCAGCUUGUUUCGGGGUACCCUGCGAACAGUGGCCCAUCUAUCUCUUUAGAUAUCUAAGACGAUCGAAGGGCCUCUGUUGGCAGGGUAGUUUCGGGGCUGUCUAGGGAGCGUAGAUAACUGGUCUAGUGUUUGGUCUCAGGUCAAUGAUUCCCAGAAAAGCAAAGAAACGUUCUCACACGACGAGUUGCAGUAUUUAAAAACUUUUCCUAUAGAAAUUUAUCCUAUGAGUAUUCUGUUUACAUCCGGUCUGUUAUUAUUGCUUUUUUUUAAAAAUGUUUGUUUAUUUCUCAGAUAACUGGAGCCACUCCGUAUUUCGCUGCUGUUUUUGUUGGCGGGCUUUUCAUUGUCGUGGGCGUGGUAAGUGGCGAUGCGUCUGGUCAAUACAUAGAUAAAUUUUCCUAAAACUCCUCUUUCGCAUUCGUCGAUGAUAGCUGCAAAUUAAUGGACACCCUUAACUUUUACACUUGAAAGAAUUGCUAAAAUACUUUUUACUCUAAAGGAGCACCCUGAAAACUAAAAAAAAUAGGUAAAUAAUCGGUAUGUAACCUGCAGUAUAUUAGGUAGGUAGAAGGGGUAAAUGGGAACUCAUCCUAGUUUCCUUGCGUGUCCAAUUUUCUUUUCCCCUCUGCAGCUGAGGCUGUACUGCAUGAAUGGCAAGAAAUCCAAAUUUUCUAAACUUUUUCCAGUGCAAUUCCAGUUUUAAAGGUCAUCGAAUGGACACGAAUUCUCUUCCAAUUUGUUUGAGUUUUGAUUUUUUUGUCUCAUAGUUCCACAUGCUGUUCGUACUAACAGCAAACUACGCCCAUGUUCAUGACCAAAGAAGAGUCGAAAAGGCCUCAGAAUGUACCACUUGUAGGACAUGCUGUACGGUAAAGGACCCAGACCGUUACGAGGACUGCUUCCCUGAGCCCCCAGUAGAAGAGGUCCAACUUGCUUUGCAAGAGAAAUUGAAGAUAGAUGCGGGGGACCCUGAAGGAGGUGCCCACCCACAUAACCAUCCCAAGUGGAACUAUGUAUACGACUUCGAAAAGGCGCCGCUAAUGUCUGGCAAAAAGUACUAAUCGAUUCCAGUUUUUUUAAGAAAUUGACACCGUUCAAGUUUGUUCUCUUUGCUCAAGAAGAAAGGGAUACCUUGUCUCAUUUAGAAUGGUGUGUUUGGUACCCUAGAGAUGACUAACAAAGACGAACAACUCGCGUCACAAAAAUAACCUUUUUAAGCUGCUUUGCAAAAUAAUUAACUGAACAUGAGAAAAAACUGGGAACGGAAAAAAUAUAUAUACUUGUGUGAUGAGCACAAGCAUAUUUUUGGAACAAUGGUUCGUAAAUUGACAGUUCGCGUAACAAUCAGGACAGAACACAAUGCAAUACAGGGAGCCAUUGAAGUCACUUUUUACUCACGGGGUGGGGGAACUUGAAAACCGGCGUUCGACGAGUCGUUCACACGAACAAGCUAAGGCUUCACGUAUGACCAUUUCAUUUUGCCUCAUCGUAUUAAACAAAAAAUGCAGGGCGCGUUUCUACCACGUGUGUGUGACAUACCAUUCGGGCAAAUAUUGUCAUGUACACGAGCAAAUUGUCAAGUGAUAGUCUUAUCUUAGAUUCCCCAAAGUGACGCACCC